GUCACACCAUAACAGGAAGAAGGAAAUCGAAACUGGUCUUGGAGUCGCAGAUCAAACAAGGAGCUAGUUACGUGUGUUUGGUCGCUGUCCCCUGUAGACGUGUCUUGGAUAGCAGGAAGAGUCACUUUCGUGUGAAGAAGGCAUGGCCGCUCGAUUCUCUCUCCCAGAGGAGGACCUCUGUUGCCCUGUGUGCUACGAUAUUUUCAGGGAUCCUGUGGUCCUCAAGUGCAGCCACAGUUUCUGUGCAGCCUGCUUAGAGCAGUACUGGUCUGGGAAGGGGUCGGCCCGGGACUGCCCUCUCUGUAGGAGGGAGUUUGUGGACGAGCCGGUGGCCAGCCUCACCCUGAAGAACCUGUGUGACUCCUACAUCCAGGAGAGUGGAGCACUUGGAGCUACAGGGGAGCUGUGUGAACCGGGUGAGCUGUGCUCCCUGCACGGGGAGAGGCUGAAACUGUUCUGUCUGCAGGACAAGGAGCCCAUCUGUGUGGUCUGUCACACCUCCAGGAAGCAUAAAAACCAUGAGUGCUGCCCGGUGGGAGAAGCUAUAGGUGACAUGAAGGAGGAGAUUAAGUCUGUGCUUACUCGUUUGCAAGAGAAGAAGGAGGCUUUUGACAAAAUGAAGCAAAACUAUGAAAAUACAGUGAUCCACAUUCAGGUCCAGGCCCGGUUUGUGGCAAAGAGGAUUCAUGAGGAGUUUGAGACGCUCCACCAUUUCCUCCAAGCUGAAGAGGCUGCUAGGCUUGCAGCUCUGAAAGAGGAGGAGGAGAGUAAGAGUGAGAUGUUGAGGCAGAGUGUGAGGGAGAUGGACAGAACCCUGGCCUCCCUCUCUGACACAAUCAGAGCCAUGGAGGAGGAGAUGGCUUUGGAGGAUACUUUUUUUCUCCAGAAAUGCAAGCAGACGGUGAGAAGUGUUCAGUCUAGCACACUGCAGGACCCAGUUAUGGUCCCGGGAGCACUCAUCGAUGUGGCCAAGUACCUGGGCUCACUUCAAUACAAAGUGUGGGAGAAGAUGCAAGGGAUUGUUAAAUACACGCCAGUGACUCUGGACCCCAACACAGCUGCCCCCUGGCUCCUAUUGUCUGAAGACCUCACCAGUGUGAGGGACAGCGAUGACAAACGGAAGCUUCCAGACAACCCCGAGAGGUUUGACCCUGACACAGGCGUACUGGGCUCUGAGGGCUUCAGCUCAGGAAAGCAUGUCUGGGAUGUGGAGGUUGGAGAGAACAGCGCCUGGGUCCUCGGUGUAGCCAAAGAGUCCAUCCAGAGGAAAGACAAGGUCUCCUCCGUGCUGAAGAAUGGAUACCUGUCCGUGUACUUUUACCACAAGAUGUACUUUGCCGGGACCUCACCCCUGACACGACUCAAUCUGAAGAAGAGCCCUCGGAGGAUCAGAGUGCAGCUAGACUGGGAGAAGGGGAGAGUGUGCUUCUCUGACCCAGCUGACAACACGCAGAUCUACACUUUCAAACACACCUUUUCUGAGAGGGUCUUCCCCUAUUUCUGGGUUGGCUGUAAGCAGUGUCCGCUGAGGAUUGAGCCAUUAGAGGUCUCAGUGAAAGCUGUAGAUCACACCUGAGAAUGUGUUAUGGAAUAUUCUGUCUCUAAAAAGUGUCUUUCUUGAUGAGUUUCUGUCAUAAGAAAAAAUCGAAUGGAUAAAUAAUAUUUAAAUAUCUGCCGCUCGUUGCCUUUAAAUAAACACUGACAUUUGAUUUUCUAAUGGGCAAGUGUUGACAAUUAUUUUAUUGUGCAUGGAAUCAGUUAUUAGUUUUCUGUGUGGAAUAAAACUAAAUAAAAAUGGACUAUAUCAGAAAAUACAAAGAUGUGUUUGUGUGCAGUUGUCAUCAAUUUCAAAUAGUUGGGCUAAACCAUUCCUGUAAUAACACCGUCAAAUGGUAUCCCCUGAAAUCUACAAAUGAUCCUGUAAGAUAAUUGUCUGAAGACUUCCAGAUCUGUUUUAGGCUUAAAUUUAAAUGCCUUAUUUAGUUACUCACCAAUCAAUACUUUUUUUGAGUAAAGCAAAACGUGGA